AAACGAAGAAAAAAAAAUUCCCCGAGCGGACGAGGACGAGGGAUCGUGAUAUCUUCCCCCCCAUCGUUCAUGGGUCAUCAAACACCAGGCCUCAUCCAACCCCGUCCCGUACCCUGUACGAUGUAAGUACACUAGUGAAAAGCCCUCCCUAUGCGUCGCAUAGCGUGCACAGCUCGCUCUUUGGCCCUCAACACAUGCUCCGGCCAACUGUCGCAUCAUGUUCAGACGGUGUACCAGAACGACGCCCGCCUCACAAUCACCAGACGGCACUUACAAAGCAUCCUGUCGAUCCGUAAGCAGCACGUCCCCUCAAACAUCAUCAAUACCUUGUUUUGGACCAGAACGACCAAGGGAGGGGGGAAAUAUAUACCGCCUCUCUACUUGACCUUCGCAAGCAUAGGACCCAUUAGGAGAGGACUCAUUCCCGAUGUUGUUCCGUGCGAGCCCCCGCGUGCCCUGUCCUUUUCUCCGUCCCCCGAGCCGCAUCGUGAUGACGCCGAUACCAAAGCACUCACUUCUUGGCGCUUGUCACCAGUUACACACAAACAUACAUACACACACACACACACACACACACACACACACACACGUCCACGCACACGCAAAACAACUCCCUCGUCCGUCUCGUGCUUGGGCGGCAACGUUCCAGACCAUCGCCGAAGGUCUCACGCCUUACUUAAUACCUUGCGAGUGAAAUGGAUGGCGUCCCGCACCGCAAGCAUCUUUCACUUGUCGUGGGGAUCCGUCCUUCGCCACGCCAACGCCACGCCACGCCACACACAUUACACGCCAGCUACGCCACGAUCCUUGUCCUUGGGAUGGAGCGAACGGACGGGGACUACAUGUACUCCGCCCCGUCCGGCCGCCGCUGAGUGGGGUAACAUACACCGGGGAGAUGGACGAGCUUGACGCCGUCCCAAGGGCCCGCUCGCAGCCAGUCCCC